GGCAAGAGGGCGCAGAGUUGAGUGCGGAAAUAGCAGAUGCGGCGUAAUUUUAGUAGAAUCGGGGCAACUCGGCCGCGGACCGAAAUAGAGGUGGCGGCGCGCGUGUCUUCCCACUGUGAAUUUCGUCCGGAUUAGGCGCACGAUUAGCUCUGCGGAGAGCACGGUGAAGUGUGUAUCCACGUCCAAAAGGACCCCUUCUGGAUACCCGCGAGUGAAAUGUUCCCGUAAUAGUGUGCGGUUGCAUAAUGUAUCUGUAGUUAUGUGUGUGACUCAACACUUAAAUUUAGUGUCAUUGCUAUUGCUAGUAUUUUGAACGUCGUGGUAUUACAGCCUACAAGAUGCUGAAAGGUCGUGGUCGCGACCCUCGGACCACCUUCACUAUACCGGGGCACAACGCGCCUCGCCCUUCCACUCAAGGCCACACAACGAUGCGUCCCCCAACACAAGGGCAGGCGCACCUCACGCUGCGGCAACCUGUGCAGAAUAAUAGAGGGAGUCAUACAAAACCAGAGCCAGAGUAUGAGGUGGUAGAGUUUCCAACCGAGCAAUAUAUGAACGCAAAGCUUCAACCUCCGCCGCCACCGCCCCCGCGACCACCCACAGGCCACCCUCUGGAAGCGGGGGCAUCAUGCGGACUAUGCGGGGGUGGUGGCGCCCGCGUGCGGUGCGCUGAGUGUGGCCGCCGCGCACUCUGCGCCUCUUGCGACGACAUGUACCAUCGCCAUCCCAAACGAAGGAACCAUCAGAGACAAGCUCUAUCAACAUCACAAUUGCGGGAUGAACGACCACCGCUACCUCCAAAAGGCACGCCACCUGUACCGCCACCGCGACGGCAUAAGAUGAGCGGUGACAGAAUGAGUGCCAGCCCCAGACCUCCAGCGGUAGACCAGCGUCGUGCCACCUUAGGGCACUUGUCAAUGAGCCCAAAUCAAACUGCAACAUUACCACUUAAUAGUAAUAUUCAUCAUUCGCAACAAAUACCUGCUCAUCUUCAAGGCAAGCUAUCACAGCCGAGCCCAAGCCAUCUCGGCAGUAUGCCAUAUCUUGCUGCGACGCCAACGAUUCAACACAUACCGGCCGUUGUCAAUCAAAUACAAUCAAGUACAAUGGACCAUCAUUCUUCGGCGUGGGGACGGCCUCGUGGAUCCUUACCUGGAGUCAAUAUGGCACCAAAUAUGACAAUGCCAACGGAAGUAUGGGAAAAUCACGAGACUCACAAUCAUCCUGGUCAAAAUUGGAAUCGACCUUUACGCCGUGGUGCGUCUGUAUUGGAGCUGGGCGGAAGCGCAGCGCAGUGCGCCGGCUGCUCCCACUGCGCGCCUAUGCCAUGGCGAUAUGGCAGCUGUGCUAAUCUGGAGCACACGUGGAUGGGGGGAUGGCCACCACCACCUCCAGCUUGUUGUGUAGUGCACCCACCCCAACAUCCCCAUAUACACCCGUAUUCUCCACAAACUCCGCAACCGUACCGCAGGGUAGACAGCCGUGCAGCCUCUCGUGCUGCGUCUCGAAGCGGUUCCCGCGCUGCAUCCCCAGCAAUGAGUGUUCGAUCGCGUACAUCCCGGCGCACCAAGCACCGAACACCUUCACCACCUCCAUUGCCAUCCAGUGAUGCUGAUUCUGAGAGUGAGAGCGAUGGCGCUCCUGCACCUACUCGAGUAUCAGUCUCUGCCCCUGCACCAUCUUCACAUACUCAUAAAGUUCAAUCCAUCAAACAACAAAUUAGUCAACCUACCACUCAAUCUCAAGAGAAGGAGGAAGAAGAAUCAUUGGGCCCUGCACCACCACCACCGAACGUAUCUUGGCAGUGUGAACACUGCACAUUCGUGAACGAGCCAGGUGUCCGUGUUUGCGUAAUUUGCUGCCGUACACCGACUGCUGCUCCUAAAACCAUUGAGGCCACGACCAACAGUAUGGCGCGAUUAAAGGUUCAAGAGAAGACCUCGCCAUCGCCGGCACGUGCCACAGAAGAAAAAAAUGGAGUAGAAAUAAAAAAUUUGAACAAGAAUGACAGAACUUCUACUGGAUGUGGACCAUCUCCGCCGCGAGAAGAAAAAGCAGCAAAUAAGCCCAUGAGUAGACUCAUGACUCCUACGAGAGACAACACCAAUGGAAGUAUAGAUUCUUCAAAUACAACAAUAAUCCCGGGAGCCGGACCGUCAACGUUUGCGGCUUUCCAAAAUACACAUGAAAAUACAGGCAUCGUAGCAUCUCCACCUCGGGAAAAUCCUGUAAUCAGAGCAUCUCCAUACCGUGAAACAGUAUCCAAACAGCCUGAGAUUCAAAAGCAUAAUGUAUCAGUUGGUCCUUCCCCACCACGUGAUAAUGUAUCAAAACGAGAGUCGCUUGGCCCUUCAUCGAAUUCUUCUAAUAAAAGCAACCACAAAAAAUCGGCUGCCACUUCCCCUCCACGUAGUGCAGUUCUUGAAAGUCAUUCGUCGUCUUCAUCCCUUCGAGCCAACGUAUCAAAUACCGGUACGUCUCCACCGCCGCAAAGUAUCUCCACACAGACAUAUGAAGUUCCAAACACAUCAUGGGAGCGGACACCGUCCGUUCCACGGUCCCGUUCACGACCGCGCCGUCGAUUCCGAGAUGACACUCGCCGUGAACGUUCCCACAGUAGGCACUCCAUGUCCAGUGACACUCGAGAAAGCGAGCGAAGUGUCCGCACGAGUGGUGGCGGUGCUGGAGGUGGUAGGUGGGAAUGGCGAGAGACUCGCGACAGCAGUCCCGGCGGUGAGUGGAGCGAUACCGAGCGACGCCGCAACGGUACUCGGCUCACACGACGCGCUUCGCAUCUCGAUCUCCACAGGACGCGCCCUGCGAGACGGUCCAGCUUCUACGGGUCCGAGGCAGCAUCACCGGAACCCUUGUCCUCUACGAGAGCGAUUUCACUAGAAGCACUAGUGAGCGCCGGAGCUAGGCGAGAAGCGGAACGAGGGCUCGAGUUAGCGAAGUUGAUGUCUGAAGCGGAGCGGUUGGGCUUCAGUGCGGCAGAAGUGCACGCAGCGUUGGCCCAAAGCCCGACUGCGCCGUUAGCAUGGCUCCGUGAGCGCUGGCCCAGCCUGUGCGCGGGAGUACGCGCGGCGGCAGCUCGCCUAGAGCCGCGCGCCGCCGUCUCCGAGCUGGAGGCGCGCGCCGCUCUCGCACGACACCGCGGCGCCAUGUGGCCCGCUGUCACCGACUGCGUUGAAAGGCACCGCCGCCACAUGGAGACGGGAGCUGUAGGCGAAGAGCGACGGCUGCGUGGGCAUGUGUGGGGUUCCCCGGUGGGUGUGGACGACGACGCUGCUCCGCCCAUCGCUAGCCGACAGCACCAACGCCGCCAGCGCGCAGAAGAUAGUUCAGAUGAGUUUGAAGUGCCAGAGACGACCGUAUUCCAAGAUGACGACUGGAUGUACUUACCACUAGACCAAAAUAUUAAUCAGUAUAAAAACGACAAGAACUUCGAGACUUGGGACAAGAGUUUUAUUGAAACUACUAACGACAAAAAAGAAGACAUAGCAUUAAAAUUAAAAGCUCUUCUUGUACAAGCUGGGGUUCCAACUAUUAACGAAAAUUUGCUUCUAAAAGGUUUAUUAGCUGAUAGUACUAUAUAUAACCAAAACGGAACUAGUAAUGUAAGUCGAAAUAAACUGUAUUCAAUGGAUUUGAGUCAAUCAGAAAAUGACUUCAUUGAUGCUUAUAAUGCACUAACAAGAUUAAGUCCACUACCAAAUGUAAAUAGACCAGGAACUAUAAAAGAUACACAACAAAACAAUAUUAUGCAAAUUGCUAAUGAAUUCUAUGAAAACGAAUACGUACUCAAAAAUACGGAGAAUAUUAAGCUAGAGCAAAUUGAAGAUAUAACUUUUCAAUCAGCAUCGCCAGAAAAUUAUAAUCAUUUGCAAGUAGCUAUUAAUACAAAACAACAAGAACCAGAAAAUAAAUUAAACGAAAUAUUUUCUUCUUCUGAAAAAGCCAAUACUGAAGAUGAAACAGAAAAGGAAAAUAAAAAAACUCAAAUCGAAACAAUGAUAAAUCAAUAUAAUCCGGAAAGAGAUAGUACAGAACCAAAGGAACAUAUGAACCUACCACCUGUAGAAGUUAAGACAGUGCCCGAAAAAGUGAUAACUAAUAGUGAAAAUAUAAUAAAAAAUACACUUGAAAAUAAAAGUACUCUGCAAAGAGAAAGUCCAAAAAGCAAGAAAGACAUAAAUACACCUGUUACAGAACUGUUCGAAAUUGCUCAAGAAAGAAAUAAAAAUGUUAUCCCACUACAAACUGUGUCAUCAAACCAUCAUAAUAUAACAAUUGAUAUUAAUACUACAACUGACAAUUCCAUAAUACAUGCACAGGUAGGCGAUUUUCCACAUAUUAUAGAUAAUUUAGACCAAAAUAUGGGAGACCUAUCAAAUAACGUUGACAUUCAGGAAAAUAUAAAAGUGCAAAACGUAAAUGAAAGUAAUAGUGAAUCUAUAUCAGUGCAAUCUAAUAAUGCAUCCUUUGGAAAAAAGAACAUAAAACUUACAACUAAUAAAGAUUUCGUGAAGGAAGAAGAAGACAAAUCCAAGAAUUUAAACGACAUCGUUGAUAAUACACAAAAACUUAUACAACAAAUGAAAGAAGAAAUUAAUUCAGAUAUUUAUUCAAUUGAGGAUGCUAAUGAAUCUCAAAGCGAAAUGGAAACUAGUUCUAAUGAAUCUGAUUAUUCGUCAGAACAUGAGUCUAGUUAUAGUAAUACAAGAGAGGAAACGGAUAACUUAACUUCGGAUGAAAAUGUAGAGUCGAGCACUAAUGAUGAAGAAGAUACGGAAAAGCGUUCAAUAGCGAUAAACAGAACUAGCUCAGAAGAUAAUGAACAGUUUGAAGAGGCCAUGGAUCACAUACAAGAACAAAUCGAAGAUUUUAAAUAUAAAAAUAUUGAAAUUUUAGAUUCUAUAUCACGUAGUCUACAAGAAGAGCAGACGUUUGCUGUAGAAUUAAAUGACCGAAAAUCUCCAAACGAAGAACGACAAGAUCAAAAUAAUAAUAUGUUUACAACUGUACAUAGCUUUGAGGAAAUAUAUGACCAACUGAGUACUAAUGAAAUCACAAGUAAUUCUAUUAAAUCGAAUAAACUUGAGAAAAAUGUGUUAGUUAAGAAUAAUAAUAAUAUAGAAAAAUAUGAUAUAAACAUAUCAUUAUAUAAACCUGUAUCUGCCACCAAAUUAAUAUUAACCGAACAAAGAAAAUCGUUUUUAAAUGCAAUAGAAGAAAAUAUAGAGGAACCUUUAAGUAUAGAAUAUAUAGAUAGGAAAAAUAAUUUCAACAAUAAGAAUAGUAAAGAGCAAAUAUUAACUAAUCAAUCACACAGGGAAAGUACUGUCAGCUUGGACAGUCAUACAACACAUUCACCCAAAACAGAAACCAAUGAUAACAUCAGUAAUAUUUUUGUUGUUCCCUCUGAUCAUCCAAGGAGUAUGUCUUCUGGAAAUGAAAGCAAAGAUACAAAUACCUUUAACGAUUUUUCAGAACCCAUAGAUUUAAACGUAUCUGUAAAUACAAGUGCUCUUGGUGAAAUAAUUGGUAACGACAAUUCAAGAAAUAAUUCUCCAGAAAAAAAAUCUAAUAACCAAGAAAACGAUAAUAACGAAAUUAAAAAUAUAACUGCGUCUAAGUCUAAUAUACCUAAACUGAUUAGAAUAUUGCCAAAAACUAAGGAUGAGAAAUCUACUCCCAAAGUAUUAGUAUCGAAAGUCCCUGUACGGCGUAAUUCAGGUAAACAGUACCCCGCACCUGCCCCGCCAAAGUCUCACUUCGGAUCCAUUCAAAGUGGCUUUGUAAAACAAUUACAGACCAAGCUAUUCAAUGAUAAGUCGGCAAAGACUGACACAAAGAUUGCAAAAUCAGAAUUAAAAGUUGCAGUCCCAUCAAAUUUGAUUAAAAAAAAACAAGCACCUUUACCACCAUCCAAACCCAUAGAAAGUGUUCAACCAUCUCCACCAAAAGCGUCACCCUCUAAAGAGAAAAAGAAAAAUUAUUUCCGUGAGACAUGUCGCACUGAAGAUGAAUGGACGGAAAGUGACCCUGAGGAUUCCCAAUUACAGAUUGCAAAGCCUAACGAGGAACCACACCGAGCACCGACACCACCACCGCCUAUUACAGUGCGCCGUGUAUCAGGCCAAAUCAUCGACUUAGCCAGAGUCCGUCUUCCAGAAGGUUCACCAGAGAGACAAGCACGCAUGCUGUUAGCUGAAGGCGCUGCAGAGAACUGGGAACAGGCUCAUCUAGCAGUAGAGCUGGUAUCACGUGGAGUGGAUCCCCCGACUGCAUUGCUAGCUGCGCUCGAAUGUAUCGACCUGACAUCUGCUUUGACAUACUUGAACCAAGAAUGUGAGCUGUGUGCUUCACGACUUCCAGAGCAUGAGAUGGUGACGAUGUUACGCUGCACUCACCGCUGUUGCCGUGAGUGCGCGAAGUUGUACUUCAAUGUACAAAUAACAGAGAGAAGCAUAGCCGACUGUGUCUGCCCAUAUUGUAAGGUGCCGGAGCUAGAGACACUCCCUGAAGACGCGUGGCUAGAGUAUUUCGCGCAUCUAGAUAUACUCUUAAAAACAUUACUGGAACCUGACAUACAUGAAUUAUUCCAACGAAAGUUACGAGAUAGAACGUUGGCUAGAGACCCUAACUUCAAAUGGUGUAUGGAAUGUUCUUCCGGUUUCUUUGUUCACCCUAAACAGAAAAAAUUACGGUGCCCAGAAUGUAGGUCGGUGAGCUGCGCUAGUUGCAGGAAAACGUGGUCUUCAAACCACGAUGGACUGACAUGUGACCAGUACACCAAGUGGCUGGAAGACAACGACCCCGAAAUAUCGAUAUCGGCUGUACAACAGCAUUUACGAGAAAACGGUCUGGAGUGUCCUCGAUGUCAUUUCAAAUAUUCUCUAUCCAGGGGAGGAUGUAUGCAUUUCACGUGUACUCAAUGUAAAUAUGAGUUUUGUUAUGGUUGUGGAAAGCCAUUCACCAUGGGCGCGCAAUGCGGUCUUAGCGAGUAUUGCGCGAAAUUGGGACUUCAUUCGCACCAUCCACGGAACUGUCUUUUCUAUCUGCGUGAUAAAGAACCGCAUGAAUUGCAAACACUUUUACAGAUGAAUAACGUAACGUAUGAAACAGAAGCGCCUGAAGGCAGUACGAAUCGUUGCCCAAUACAACUGCAGCGUGAAACACCUACAGGACUUGUAGAUGGCGUUUGCGGAAAUGAUGUACCGCCUUUGCACGGUGGAUUGUGCAAAAACCAUUACUUGGAGUACCUGAGCAGAAUAGUCCGCGCGCGUGGAAUCGACCCGCUGCCUCUCCUGGGUGUCGACGACCUUGAAACACUAGUACGGCGCGCCGCGCAGCGACUACCACCCCGGCCCUACGGCUCCCUAGAGGGGCUCUACAAGCGCGCACUGCACGAGAUUGUACGAGAAAAAAUUCCCUUGGAUUGAAGAUAUAUAAUUAUUUCCUGGGCUGUACAGUAUAACGGUAUAACAUCGUAUCUAUGGAUUACAGUCAACUUCAUACGUUUUAUAUAUAACCAUUACAAACAUUAACAUAACAUUUUAUAUAUAAGCAAAUACUACAAUUUUUCUUUAUUAUUAAAAAUGAACUCUGUGAUUAAUAUUAGGUACUAUUUAAUA